UGCUUUUUAUAGAAGUAGUUUACGGGGGGCUUAGGCUGGACCUCAACAGGCCUGACGUCCUUACUGUGGACAACCACGCGUCACCAAAGCGCAUCGAGAUCCACUUUUCCUGCAUUGCUUACUUACCUGUACAGAUAGAGGCUCAACACCUAAUUGGGUAGUUGUGGCUCCUCUCAAGAAGGUCUCCACUAGAUUGACCCUUACCUUCCCUCGCUGAGGCCUCCAGUGAACCAUGGGCAUUCCCAAGUUUUAUCGAUGGCUCUCGGAGCGGUAUCCACUAUUGAAUCAGAAGCUUACGUUGACGGAGGGUCCACCCGAGAUCGACAACCUGUAUUUGGACAUGAACGGCAUUAUUCACAACUGCACGCACGCCAACCGCAAGGACAUUGGCAGCGUGACGGAGGAGGACAUGAUGCUAAAGGUCUUUGAUUACCUGGAGAAAUUGAUUCAGAUUGUUCGACCCCAGAAGUUGCUCUUCAUGGCCAUAGAUGGUGUUGCGCCCCGUGCUAAGAUGAACCAGCAGCGGUCCCGGCGCUUCAAAUCGGCCAUGGAACGGUUGAAGAAUGAGGAGGAGCAGCGCCGCAAGGGCGAGGUGGUUCCGGAGGAUGCCUUCGAUUCCAACUGCAUCACCCCCGGCACGGAGUUCAUGGCCCGGCUGGGCAAGCACCUGCGCUUCUUCAUCCGCCGCAAGAUGGCGGAGGACCCGCUGUGGCAGAAGCCCAACGUGGUCUUCUCAGGACACGAGGUGCCCGGCGAGGGCGAGCACAAGAUCAUGGAGUACAUUCGGUGGGAGAAGCGGCAGCCCACCUACCAGCCCAACCAGCGCCACUGCAUGUACGGCCUGGACGCGGACCUCGUCAUGCUGUCGCUGGUGACGCACGAGCCGCACUUUUGCCUGCUGCGCGAGGUGGUGUCGUACACGGGCAGCAACCGCGGGCAGCCGGCGCGCGAGGUGCUGGACAACCCCUGCGCGGAGAACUUCAUCCUGUUCCAGAUUGGGUUACUCCGCGAGUACUUUGAGCUGGAGUUUGGCACCCUGAAGCUGCCCUUCCCGCUGGACCUGGAGCGCGUGGUGGACGACUACGUGCUGCUGUGCAUGCUGGUCGGCAACGACUUCCUGCCUGCUCUGCCGACUCUGGACAUUGCGGAGGGCGCGCUGAACCGGCUGAUGGACCUGUACAAGGAGCUGCUGCCCUCGCUGGGCGGCUACCUCACCUACGCGGGGGACCUGGACCGGCGGCGGCUGGAGCGGGUGCUGGAGCGCAUCGGACAGAUGGAGCUGCAGACGCUGGAGGAGCGCGCGCAGGAUGCGGAAUACAUGGAGGGCAAGCGCGCCAAGCGCAACGCCCGCAUGAACGGCGGCAUGCAGCUGGACGAGGUGGAUGCGGCCAUGGUGGCGCUGGCGGGGGGGCGGCGGCCAGCAGCAGCAGCAGGGCGGGCAGCGCGGGCCAACAUCCUGAACGAGGCGCUGGAGCCGGAGGCGGCGGCGGGCCCGAGUCCGGGCGCCAAGGCGGCGGCGGCGCAGGGUCCCACCAUGAUGAGCCGGGAGGCGCGGCAGAUGAUGAUGGCAGGGCUGGGCGAGCAGGGGCUGGAGAUGUGGAAGGACCGCUACUACAACGACAAGCUGCAAGCGGGCAGCCCGGAGGACCGGCGGCAGGUGGCGGAGCACUACAUCGCAGGGCUGCACUGGGUGCUGGAGUAUUACUACCGCGGCGUGGCGUCAUGGGACUGGUACUACCCCUACCACUACUCGCCCAUGGCGUCGGACCUAACAAACCUGGAAAGCAUACAGGUUGCGUUUGCCCAGGGCACUCCCUUCAAGCCCUUCGAGCAGCUGCUGGCGGUGCUGCCGGCCGCCAGCUGCAAGCUGCUGCCGCCCGCCUUCCGCGUGCUCAUGACGGAGCCGGAGUCACCCAUCAUCGACUUCUACCCCGCAACAUUCGAGGUGGACAUGGAGGGAAAGCGUGCGGACUGGGAGGGCGUCGUCCUGGUGCCCUUCGUAGAUGAGGCUCGCCUGCUGCAGGCGGUUCGGUCCAUCCGCACCGCCCUGCUGUCGGCUGAGGAGCUGGCGCGCAACCAGCUGGGGCAGAUCCAGAUCUUCCAGUACAACAGGAAUGCCUCGGAGGCGGCUUACUGCAUUUCCACGAUGCCAAAGCACUUCCGGGACCUCAAGGUCUGCCACAGCCGCUGCCUGGAGCGACCUCCGCCGCCUCCCCUGCCGGCUGGCGGGAAGGGCUUCACGCCGGCGCUGGUUCCCGGCACUCGUGUGGGGCUGUCGACACCGCCGGGCAUGCCAACCCUCAAGUCACUGCAGGUCCGCCCCACGCUCCGUAACGCGGGUGUGAACGUGCUCGGCACCCCCAGCCGCAAGGAGAGCCUGGUGCUGGCGCUCAAGGACUUGCGCGAGGCGCUGGGCGGCGCGGUGCUGAGUGCCGAGCAGGUGGCCAAGUCGGGGCUGCUGGGCUCGCGCGCCUACAUCAACUGGCCCUACCUGCAGGAGGCGCGUGUGGUGCGUGUGUCGGAUCGCGAGGGGCAGGCCUCGUACGACAGCAAGGGCGCGCUCAAGGUGCAGAAGUGGCAGCAGUUUGAGGCGCAGCGCUGGGACACGGAUGCGGGGCAGCUGGCAAACACGUUCCUGACGCGGUGUGGGAUUGAUGUGGGCAAGGUUGACCUCGUGGUGGGUGUCAAGGUGUGUUUGGGCUACAUCCGACACAGCGACGGCACCAUCGAAAAGACCUACUCCAAGGACGAGGUGCAGGUGCCGCUGCAGGCGGUGGUUCGUCAGCGGCCCCAGGCGGCUGGUGGCGUGGCGGUGGCCGAGGACACGCCCGGGUUCACCGAUUUGUUCGAGGGCAUGCAGGUUGUGUUCCUGGGCAAGCACCACUACGGCUGCCUGGCCACCGUGCUGCCGGACCUGGGCAAGGGCCUCAGCAGGCAGCAGCAGCAGGGCGGCAAGCAGGCCAAGCAGGGCGCGGCGGCAGCCAAUGGCCACUACCGCCUGCUGGUGCAGCCGGUCUCGGAACAGAUUGGCUUGCAAGCCCUUCGCUCCGCCAAGCGGGUGGUGGAGGGCUUCGCAGUCAAGUACUACAGCAGCGGGGAGGUGGCGUCCCGAGUGGGUGUGACGCCUCGGCUGCUGGGGCGGAUUACCGGCAACAUGUGGGCGCGCGACGGUGAUGAUCGUUACGAUCUGGGUCUGGCCAUCAAGACCUCCGCGCGGGACGUGUGCGUGCCGGGCUUCAGCCAGCCCACGGACGACGGCAACGGCUGGAAGUACUCGGCGGCCGUGAUCACCAUCCUGCAGGAGUACCGGACCAAGUACCCCUGGCUCUGGGCGUUCCUGCUCAAGUCGGAAAGCGAGAAUGCAGGCCCGGGUGACAUGCGGCUGGAUUCGAUGCUGCCGGGCACCACCCCCGCUCAGCGCAAGGACAAGGUGCGCGAUGUGACGGAGUGGAUCAAGUCCACGCCGCUGGCCAAGCGCCCGCUGGUCAAGCUGGGCGUGCAGGUGCUGUCGGACGAGGGGGUGCGGGCGCUGCAGACCACGGUGGCGCCCAUCCCCUCGCGCCCGCCGCCGGCUGCGGAGUACGAGAACGUGCCGCCUGCGCUCAUCCUGCCGCCGUACACGCCGGGCGCGGACCAGGUCAAGUUUGCCGUCCAGGGCGGCAGUUUCGAGUUGGGCGACCGCGUGGUGUGCGUCAGCGGCAAGGGCUCCCCUCCGUACGGCAUCCGCGGUACCGUCAUUGGCGUGUACGAGGAGGCUUGCGAGGUGGUGUUUGAUGAGGAGUUUGGCGGCGGCAGCAACCUGAACGGUCGCGUCAACGGCAAGUGCGGCGCCUUUGUGCCCAAGGACCUGCUGCUCUGUGUCAACAAGCCAGCCGACAUUGCGCUGGCCCGGCACCAGGUCCCGCGCCAGCAGGGCAGGCAGUCCGCGCAGGCGCCAGGGGCUGCCGCGGGGGCCGCCGCAGCGGCAAGGCAGGCCGCCGAUGCUGCAUCCAAGGCCGCGUUGAAGGCGGCUCAGGGGCCGUCGGGGCCGAAGCCAUGCGUUCCCGCCUCGGUGGCGGUGACGGCGCCCGUUUCGCCGCCGGUGCCCUCCUCCAAGCUGCUCGGUGCGGCCAUGCGGGCCAAUUCGGCGCAGCCGGGCGCCGGCCAGCAGCAGGAGCCAUCAUCACAGCAGCAGCAGCAGCAGCCGCAAGGCACUGGGGAGGUUGGUGCGAGCGCGGGGAAGGCACUGCUUGAGAAGCUAACGUCUGGCUCUAGCCGGCGCGGCAUGGCGGUGCAAGGAGGCGCCGCGGCGGAGGCGGCUGGAAACGGAGAGGCUGCGGCUGCCCCUGAAGCGGCUGCUGCUGCCGCCGCAGCUGCAGCGGCUGCCGCUGGCUCGUUGGCCCAGCUGAAAAAGCUCGUGCCGAACGCGCGCGUUGGCCCGCCGGCACCCAAUGCGGCCCCGCCUAACUCAGCAGCCCCGCCGCCGCCUGCUCAGCAGCAGCCUCAGCCUCAGGCACCGCCGGCAGCACAGAGGGCACAGCCCAUGCCGCCGCCGCAGUACAGCUCAGCACCACCGCAGUUCCAGCCGCCGCCGGGUGCAUACCCGCCAGGCGGCAUGAUGAUGGGGCAGCCGCCAAUGCCCCCGCCCCCGCCCGGCGUCUUCCCGCCAUACAUGUACCCGCCUUACCCACCCAUGGGCGGUCCUGGCGGCCCUCCCAUGCCCAUGCCGAUGCAGGUCCCGGUUGGCAUGAUGGGACCGCCUCCGCCCGGAGUUCCGGGCCACAUGAUGGGCGGUGCACCGUUCCCGAUGCCACCGCCUUACAUGAUGCCACCGGGGCCCCAGCCCCCGAUGCCACCACCGCAGCAGCAGCAGCAGCAGCCGGCCCCAGUCCGUAACAAUGUGCAGCAGCAGCAGCCGCGUGGCCCUGGACCCAUGGGUCGUGGUCAGGGCCGUGGUCCGCAGAACGGCGCGCAGCCGCAUGCAGGAGGGGGUCAGGGCCGUGGCAGGUCCGCCGGGAAGCCUGCGAACGGUGCACCUGCCGGCCAGGGGACCGGCCAGUCCCCGGCUGCACCCCAGGACAAAGCCAAGCCCACGGGAGCACCUAGUAGCACGAAGGCACCUGCGCGGCCGGCACCCGCCUCGCACCCUAUUGACGUCGACGUCUCGCAGAGCAUUGGCGAGGGGGAUGAGGCGAUGGCGGGGCUUGUGCGACGCCUGAAGGAGAGUGCUGCGGAGGCAGCGGCGGCAGCACCGGCAGCAACCGCGGGAUCGGCGGCCUCUCGGAACCAGGCGGGCGCUGCAGCCGCCGCCAGCCCUGCACGCGUUGCGGGUACUGAGGACGAGAAGCGGUCGGGGAUUGCUCUGGGCAAGAGCGCGAGGCUUCCGGACGCUUCUGGCCGCGGUUUCC